GCCAGCAAUCGCCUGAACCAUGACCUCCAGUGCGGGCCUCCUUAUUGACACAGCCAGCAGCACGGUCGUGCCUCGAUUUCUUUACAACAGUGUCAUGUUUGACGUUGGUGAAAACACGACCUCAACGCGACUCGGUUCCUUCAUGGGAAACGUCAAUGAAUCUAAUGUGACCGUGAGCCUGGGCAACCACGUCGUCGACGGUGGUGUUGCAGGCGGCGAAGACGCCGUCUUAUCACUUGCCGUGCCACUGCCUGAAGCCGUGGCCACCGUCCUUAUACUCUCGGCCAUCGUGGCCGGAACGGUGUUUGGAAACGUACUCGUGGUGCUGGCCAUCUUCACCUACAGGCCUCUUCGGAGUGUUCAAAACAUGUUCAUAGUGUCCCUGGCUGUUGCCGACAUCGCAGUGGCGCUCCUGGUGAUGCCUUUCAACGUGGCCUACUCCAUCAUGGGUCGCUGGGUGUUCGGCUUGCAUAUGUGCGAGCUGUGGCUCACAUGCGACGUCCUCUGUUGCACGGCGUCCAUCUUGAACUUGUGCGCCAUAGCGCUGGACCGCUACUGGGCCAUCCACGAUCCCAUCAACUACGCCCAGAAACGCACGCUACGGCGGGUGCUGCUUUCCAUCGUGCUGGUGUGGGGCAUCAGCGCACUCAUCUCGGUGCCGCCCCUCAUUGGCUGGAACGACUGGCCGGAGCAGUUUGACGAGACGUCGCCUUGCCAGCUGACAGAGGAGCGUGGAUACGUCCUCUACUCGGCCUCCGGGUCCUUCUUCGCACCACUGCUUAUAAUGACCAUCGUGUACUUCAAAAUCUACCUGGCCACCAGGCGACGGCUUCGCAAGCGUGCCAAGGCAGUGGCAGCCACGCUACAGGUGAAACCUUCAGCGCUAAACGUACUGCCACCAACCACUCACGAGAACUCAUCGGCUGACUCGCCCCAGACUGAACAAAGCCCAAUCGAUCCGGACCUAGACAGCGUAACCGCGAUCCGAACGGACGACAUUCCGGAAACACGCGGGAAGACCCAGCAAAACGGUGGCAAUGGCGCCGCCAGCCUAGGCGGCUCUUGCCGGGCCGCUCCCAACGUGAAACAGUACAUGGAGGAGCGCCAGCGCAUCUCGCUCUCCAAGGAGCGGCGUGCGGCCCGCGUGUUGGGCAUCGUGAUGGGAGUGUUCGUGCUGUGCUGGCUUCCUUUCUUCCUCAUGUACGUCAUCCUGCCCUUCUGUCCACAGUGCAGCAUCGCACCAAAGACGGUCAACUUCAUCACGUGGCUGGGUUACGUGAACUCUGCCCUGAACCCUGCGAUCUACACCGUGUUCAACAAUGACUUUCGCAAGGCCUUUCUCAAGAUUCUGUGUCACCGGCGCAGAUGAGCGCCAUUCUUCAGCGGGGUUUUGAAGCUCUAACUCAACACGCAUUCGUGCCACGUGGACUUGAGGACAUAUAAGCAGCGUGCUAAUGACACGAGAUGGCUCUGAAGAACAAUUUCGUGCUUUGUGUGACAAGUGGUCUUGAUUAUGUUGACUUUCUGAGCAGGUUGGUCAAGGGAAGAAACACGUUUCUUAAAAUGUCAUGUUCUCAUUGUUACCGCGAUCAAGGGCUUCGCGGUGUCUUCCAUGUUGUAAGGCGUGACUGCGGCGGAAAGAAUAGCUUGAUCCAUACGCUUGUCAAACCGGCCCAUUUAUAUUAGAGGCUGUCUUGUUUUAAAGUGAACCACGUCAGCUGCCAAGCUGUCUCGAGUGCAUGGAGAACAAAAAUUCUGAAAUGAGAAGCAACUAGAAGCUGAGAACUGUUACUGGCAACAAGAGUAAAAAAUUACCCAGACACGAGUUCAAAAGUGUAUGUUUAGAAGUGUGUUUAAUUAGUUCUCCAAAUCUUCUCAUCGUGCACCUCAUAAAAGGACUUCUUAUAUUUAGUCAAUAAACAACUGCAUUUGCACAAAGUUACAGACACAAAUGUUACGCACGUUACGGCUAACUGUUGAACCAGACAUGUAAUGGUGGGAAUGUUUUCGACAUUACGAAAUGUAACCCGCAUAUCGUGCAAGCUGACGAAGGGCAGCUUUGUUAUGCUUACACGCCUGUCAAGCAGUGCGGUGCCUUUCACACCCAGCGGUCGCGAUUUCAACAAUAACAUGCGGGAGUUGAGCUGUUUUAAGGUAACCGUGGUGCUCAUUGUGCUCGAUGUUUCAUGCAUGCCCUAUUUAUGCGUUGUAGCGCAAAUACACCUGUAGAAACUUUGACAGUAAUCCUGAAAGCAUUGUGCAGUAGUUCACGAGUGCUUGUUGAAAGCGUCAGAACAGCAUUAUUCAUUGGAUGCUCAGUGCUAUCUUGAGGCAUCUGUUCGCCUAUCUAAUGUGAUUGGAAUGAAAGAUAUAUUUGGGAUAUAUUUACUAUUCUUCCACAAUAAUUCAUACCCAGAAUGCUCGGAGUGAGUGAGUGUUUCAAAGCGGUUAACCUAAAUUUUUGACUCACGAGGGGAACAUCCCUUGUAAAUGUGUAGUUUAGUAGGCAUAAAUUAAAAUUGAUUGUUUCAGAGCAGGCCUGCUGGUUUGUUACUUGUUUCAAGAUAUUAGAAAUAUCUGGCCGCCUUAAAGCAAUCAAUAGCUAACUGCCAUAGCUGUGUAGCUGUGUAUACAGAUGCAUUUUGUGUGAAAAUUUUUUCAACAUGAUGUCCUAUCACAGAUGUAUAAGUUUUAUUAUAUAUGCGAGCGUCUGUGUAUUUUACACUUACAUGUGUUACUCAGAACAACCUAAAUCAUUACGAACAACUACUAAGGGCUACCAACUUUACAAAAAUGAUAGGCACUGAACAAACUCGAAUGCGCUGUGACUUAUAAAUGGGUUUAUUGGCGAUAAAGCUGUUAAAAGCUUAAGUCUCUGGUAGCGACAACAAUCGGCAUACUUUCUUUAUUGUCCUACUGGUCGCACUUUCCUUUAUGCUAUUCAGUGCGCGAUAUAAGUUUUAUCGAAAGCAAACUUUUAAACGUGAACUUGAGUGUAUUGACGUAUGUACGUGUGUCUAUUGUUACUAAGUGUAGAGGCACGUCCAAAGCAAAUGGCUCCCUAGUUGGUCUAUGCGGCGCAAUACCAUACGAUGCGUUGAAAUUUUGACAGCCAAUGUAUUAUGCUUGUCGCACCAACAGUUCUUCACGUGCAAGUAUUGCAGUUGUAAUUUUCUGAAGUGAAAAUCAACUUUACCUGUAAAACCUCCCAGCGCCAUUUAUGGUAGCCAACGGUGAAUCACGCUCAAGAAUGAAGUAAAAUUCGUGGUUUGUCUUGCUCGUAUACUGGACUCUCCCACCACGUUCCAAAUAUCUCGAAAUAUUGAAUUUGCAGUUGAAGCUGUAUUUUCAUGUCUAAGCAAGGUAUAGAAAAUUUUCUGUAAAAGUUAGCUGUGAAAGGGCUUAAUGAUAUAUUUCGUUGCAUGUAUUUGCAUUAUUUUCAAUAGGCAAUAUGAUGAACGCACGAGCUAAAUAUAUUUCAUGUUAGAAGUCCCGUGUGAUUUAUAAUAACUGGUAAAAAAGCUUACUUGUAGGAAUCCCUGAACUAAGAGGAGUUAAAAUCGCGAGAAAAUGUUCACCAUAAUAAUAAGACAUGUCAUCAUGGAAGUGCUCAACAUUACAUUACAAGGAUAGAAAACUAGGUUGCUACACAGCAAACAAUGCAAAAGAUACCUUAUGCAUUGUUUGUAGUCAAGAAAACAAUGUUUUGCUCAUUCGAUCAUUUUGCGGCCAUGACUUUGUGUUCACCUUGACGAAACCAACGAUGAUCAUGAGAAAGAAUAAACGUCACACAUCUGGUUCAAA